GACAAUACCAGUCGGUAUGAGCACGGCUUUGGACGUCCUAGAUAUACUGGAUAUUGAUGAUCCUGGACCUAAGAAAAGUAUUUUUGAUAAGGAUACCCUGUUGGCGCGAAGGGACAAGAAAAAGUCAAAGAGUCAAGCUUCUCAGCCCAAACGCCCCGAAAAUGUUCCUCGUGAAGUCUGGGGGCUUCAUUCGACAUUGAAUAAUGAAUUACCGCCACUGAUGCCUACCGAUGAUUCCAUCAAAUAUCGACAACCCAAAGCUGUUAUUGGGGUCGGGCGCGUCCGUCGCUGGCACUGGACACCAUUCACAAACCCAGCGCGACAAGAUGGGUUGGUUCUCUAUCACUGGCGUCGAGAACGACCGGAGGGCGAACCAGAAGAAGAGUACCCCUUUGCUCGAUACAACAAGCACGCUACCAUACCUGAGUACACCCCAGAAGAAUAUGAGUCUUUGCUACAGUACCCAAAGUGGAAUGAGGAGAAAACAGCACACUUGAUGGAACUAGCCCGUCGUUUCGACUUGCGUUUCAUCCAUAUGCGGGAUAGAUGGGAUUCAGAGAGGUUCCCUGGACGCCCUUCCAUCGAAGACUUGAAGGAACGAUAUUAUGGAAUAGUUGCGAUACUGGACAAAGUUCGUGGAACCAACUUGUCCAAAGGUUUACGCUAUGACGCUGCUCAUGAACGUCGUCGCAAACAGCAGUUGAGCUUGUUGUAUGGUCGCACGAAAGAUCAAGUGGAAGAAGAGCAGCGACUUGUCCAGGAACUGCGGAAAAUUGAAGCUCGUCGCCGUGAACGAGAACGGAAAAAGCAGGAUUUGCAGAAAUUGAUUUCUCAGGCGGACAGUUUGAUUCGGGAUCAAGACGGAGGCACUGAUCGUCCGGUUGGAACAGUAGAUUCCAGUUUGGAAGCUUUGUUUCCGCCUGCGACGCAAGCUCCAGGAAGUGCAUCUACUGCAAGUUCUGCCGCUGGUGCGCAGCGGAAACGAGCCGCUUUGCCAGUAUCUGUACCAACCAGUCUGUACUCAGUUGGUGCACCAGACAGCUCGGUCAGUUUGACUGGUUCGCUUGGUGGUACCGGUGAUCUGUCAGCUUCGUUAGGUGCUGCUACGAGUACGGCGAACUCCGCUUUGGCAAACACAUAUGUCAUCAAUUUUCCGGAUCCAUCCAAAAACCCGGGAGUACACCUACGCAGUCUAAGGAUGAAACUUCCUACUAACUUAGGUCAAAAGAAAAUACGUAUCAUUGAAAACUUUUUGGCCCACUUGCAGAUUGAUCCAAACCCUCCUGCUACUGCCGAAAUCGUUGAAGCAUACAACAACUUGCGUUCCAAAAUUCUUCUGCUUUACGACUUGCGGACAGCUCAUUUGCACUGUGAUUACGAGUUACAGUCAGCCCGGCUUCGUUUAGAGACUUUCGCACCUGAUAAGCCUCUUCCUACGGAGUUGGUCAACUUGACGUUGUCUGUUCCCGGGACCUCGAAACCAACUUCUUCGCUCCAGUCAGAUGGAGACUCAAAUUCUCCACCGGGAUCUCAAAUGGAUCCCUCUAUUCUAGCUGCUUUGCGUGAUUGUGACUCCAAGCGACCGAUUGUACCCCGUCAUUCACUUGGUGUGGCGGGUGCCCUGGCUGCGGCUGCAGGAAGCUCCGGUCUAUGCAACCUACCUCCUCCGCCGGCUCCACACACAUCAUCCUCUGGUAUGAAACAACAUGUCACGCGCAUGUCGACCUCGGUUGGGUCUUCCCCCAAGCUAUCGCAUGUUUCUGAACAUUCUGGACCUUCCCCUUCUGCGCAAUCCGGGACUUCCGUAUCUUCCGAAUCUGCGGCCAGGACAAGCAUCAGAAUGUCACAUAGCCAUGCUGAUUCAACGAGCAAUAGUGGACUGAGGCGAAAACAGAGGGCGGCUGCACUUGAACAGGGGCGUGUGAUGAAAAAGUUGAAAGUCAAGGGUCAACUGGUUGAUUGAUCAUUUCCGCAUUUCUGUGCUUAUAACUAUUUUUUCUCAUUAUUCCUGGUCGCGAUUAUGCCAUCCGUUAUACGACUGUAUAUAUGAGUACACU